CUGCAGGCGUCCGCCUCACUGCUGUCAGUCCUGCCUGGUUGUCUCACUGGUUCUCUCGUCAUUGCAGUCGUGUGUCCUUCCUCGUGUGCUUCGUUGUUCGUCUGUGUGUCUGUGACCAGUGACUGUGUACACUAGCCUUGUGUAUCCAAUGUUUCACACUAGACAUUAUUACUGUCGUGAUUAAAUUAAGGAUUCCACCGAGCACCUACAACACCCUUCCAGAAAAUUCAGGAAUAAAUCACCACACAAUCAGUGCUGCAGGUGUUCGAGCCGUCAAUUCAGACCUUAUUAUUCUGAUAGUGGAUGCAAAAGAAUUUGGUCAACCAGAAGAGGACAUCUCAGCUUUAUCCUAAAAUAACAAAAGUUCAAUCUUUCCAAGUGAACAAAUUGGAAUAAUCAUAUUGCAGUUCUGAAGUAUAAGAUUGCUUGGAGUAGAACAUAAAUGAGCUGGAGGGCUAAGGUUUGACUGAUAGAAGGGUGAAAGCAAAAAAGGAGUCAGUGGCCGUCAGUUAUUGUGUUUGUGAUGGAACAGUCUGGUUAUUGAGGUAACAAAAAUAUUGAAGACAAGAAAUUGAGUUUGUCAGGGCAAUCAGGGAAAGUGUUGUUCAAUUUGUUGCAGUUUUGAUUAAGGAUAUUGUGUUUAAUAGAGGCUUAGUAAUGCAGUUAGAUUGAUAAUUCAGGAUUGGAGGAGAUUGAUUGAGGACUGUUGUUGAGAAUGGUUGUGACGUGAAGUCGACGCACGACUUCCAAUGAGCAUGACGUCAUCGCUGAGCGGAGGAGCGGUGUCCUCCUCCGAGGAGGAGCAGGAUCACGACCAGGAGGAGCAGGAGCAGGAGAUCACGGUGGACUCAUGCGAGGAGGAGGAGGAGGAGGUGAGCGAAAGUCACGUGGCCAGGCCGAGUCUGGCGUUUAGCAUUUCGCGACUCCUCGGCGAGCAGAUAGAGCCGGGUCGGAGGCAGCGCCAGGAUGAGCAGGAUGCCGCGUCGGCGGCCGCCUCCCUCUGCCCCCAGCUGCCCAUGUUCGCCCCGGGCGGCGUCAUCCGUGUGCCGGCCCAGCGACCACCGCCCCCCGGCUUCCCCUGGCUGGCCAUGGAUCCCGCCUCCCUCAUGCACCGGUCUGCUGCCGCAGCCGCCUUCGCCUCCCAUCUUGUCAAAGAACGUCUCUCGGCGACGUUUCCGAUGACGAGACGCAUCGGUCACCCGUACCAGAACCGCACGCCGCCCAAGCGCAAGAAGCCGCGCACUUCCUUCACGCGGCUGCAAAUCGCCGAACUGGAGAAGCGCUUCCACAAGCAGAAGUACCUGGCGUCGGCCGAACGCGCCGCGCUUGCCAAAACGCUCAAAAUGACCGACGCACAGGUCAAAACAUGGUUCCAGAAUAGACGCACCAAGUGGAGGAGGCAGACAGCAGAGGAGCGUGAGGCUGAGAGACAAGCAGCCAACAGACUGAUGAUGUCGCUGCAAGCUGAGGCGCUGAGCAAAGGCAUGUACCACCAGCCGCAUGCGGACCGCGACAACUCGCUCACCGCGCUACAGUCGCUGCAGCCCUGGACGCCGACCGCGCCGCUCCCACCCCCCGCGUCCGACCAUCAUCCCUACUCCAGUGCGCCCAUCGCGUCUCCAAUCUGUUAGUGCAAGUGCACCUUCCACUCUCCUACUGACUGUCCGACAAUGUAUCGUCCGACCGCUGAAUCCACUCCUCUACAGCUAGUCUCUCAUUAUCAAACUUUCAGCAUUGGUUGAAUUGGGAACAUCAAUGUUAUUCAGGGAAUAGUAACUGAUUCGUUGAACGAUUCUCGAACAUAGCUGCUAGCUGGACAUCUACGCGGGUGAUUGAAGUGUGCAAUAGGAACGGUUUGAUUAUCACAGUUGGGACAUUUGGUUGAGAAUGGACACUGUAUCAACAAACUUUUGAAUCAAUUAGGUUGGGGUUUCCAGUGUUUUGUUACCUGGUCAUCAAAGAUUAUAAUUCCAUCAAAAAUGGAUUUCUGGACUGCGAUCAACGAUUCAACAUGUCCAUGAAGAUUGGAUCCAUUUCAAACUUUUUCAAGCGUAUAAUUAAGUGUGCAAUAAAAUCUUUUUCGUUAUCAAAGUUGGACAUUCAGUUGAAAUUGAUAACCAUCUCAAGAUCUUGGAGAGUGCUUGCUUGAUGAACAUUUAUUCAGCGGAAAAUGGAUAAGGAUCUGUUUGUAAUCGAUGUGUCUAGGAAUCAACAAGUCAAAUGAAGAACUGCAUCUGACUCUCAUUUCAAUCGAUAGGACUGAGCAGAAAAUGAAAAAUCUUUGCGAAAAUCAACAAAUCAAGAUGGAGCUAUCACUACGGACUUUCAGGUUCACGCGAUGAGCUUCAGUUGAAGAUGAAUGAAUAAUUAGUGUGGAAAUAUGUUCAAUGUGAUAGAAUCAAUGAGUGAUUCAAUGACCUUUUGUAGUCGUUGCUUAAAAAUUCAGUGCACCAGUGAAGUUAAUGGUUGAAAACUUGAAAAAUGAACUUGUAGAUAAUUUCAACGUUCAAACGUUAUCUCGUACCUCAACAUUCUAAGCCACGUAGAUUAAAAAUUUAGUAAUACGAUUGAAAUUGUUUUAAUAACCGCAUAAUUGAAUUUUGUACAUUGAAGUAUUAGAAGUUGAUAGCUAUGAAACGUUUUUAGAUCUACGAGAAUUCGAAAUUCGGAAUGUGAAAAAGGGAAUUUAUUUUAUAAUUUCUGUGGAAACCUUUAUGAUCUUAUCAUGAACGUUUCAAAUCAAAAAUGAUCUCAUUCCAGGCGAACUAGACAAUCUAUCGCUAAUGAAGAAGCUUAUGUUUGUAGUCCAUAGAACCAUAGUAAUUUCAACCUUCGAAUUUAUAGAAAUCUUGGAGAUUAUUUAUUUACAAUAUCCAUCCAUGGACUCUACGACUGAGUUCAAUUAUAAGAUAAAAUUUCCUCCUUAUUGUUCUUCUUUUUCAAAAAUUAAGAAUACUAGCUCAAUGAAAAUUAUAAUUCUUUAAUCGAAAACUCAUCUUUCUACCAUAAAGCUUUAGAGAAUUUCGUAUUUAUUGACCUUGACAAAAAUUUAAAUUGGUCUUCCCAGGGCUACCUGAAUAUUUAGUAUGAGCAAAUCCUAUUUGACCACUAAGCAGCAAAAAUUCACAAAUUAAAAUAACAGCUUAUCAAUAAUAAUUAUUACCGUAUUAUAAGGUUUGUGCUGAUUACGUGAAGUUUUGACAAUCAUCACAUAGGUAUCAAAAUCUGGAUGUCAAAUAUGUAGGAUGACUCCAAAUGAACAAACUCAGUUAAUCACAAUCCUCUGUUAUUCGAAACAAAAUUAUCUCAUGAAUCGGAUUUUAUAAAAACAAAUAAUAAUAAUUUGAAAACAGUAGUAGGAUAAAAAAUAUGUUGGUUAGUUUUCAAAAAUUAAUUCAAUUCAUGAGAAUGUCUACACUCGUGCAAAUUCCAUGCUCAUUCUACUUGUAGUAAUGGAUGAGUAAAUUUUAACGAAGAUGAAUGAACCAUUUUCAUCCAAUGAUUUUUUAUGAUGCAAGUUCAGCUGUGAACUUGGAAUUAGUACUUCCAUUCUUUUAGAAUGGAACUGAAAAGAAGACUCACAGAUUAUUACAUUCAUCAGUUUAUCACAUUACUUUUACUGCUUCACAGAGUUCAAGGAGUGGAUGGAUGUAGGGACUCUAAAUGGAAGAGACUUGCCAAUACAGGUUUGAUUGAGAAGUAUUAACGAAAUAUUUCAAUACAAUUGAAUGAGAAAGAUUUAUGAAUGUAUAAAAUAAUGAAUGCUUCGCAACAGCAAUAGAGUAACUAUUGACAGUAGUUGUUAAAAAAAUCCUAUGAAAACGUUACAAUUAAGAAAUAUCUUGCUUCUUCAAGUUGAAUUGUGAAUAAUAUUACCAAUUUGUAAAUAACGUUCAAGUAUAGUUGAUAAGACACAUCGCUACAUGUUUUUCAUUGAAUAAUUCUUGUACCAAACCAUGUUAUGUAAUCUCGAAAAAUUGAAUAAUGAAAUUUCAAUAUUGUAAAUUAUGUUAUAUAAAUUAUAGUUCAAUGUUAUAGGCUUAUCGAUAUUCUCAUGAUAUAUAUGCUGUAUAUAAUGCCUCACACAAUAAAAAUAUAUGAGUGUUUUACCCCU